AUGAACGGUGCAACUAGAUUAUACAUAAUGAAGGCUCAUAAGUUAGUUAAUAUUCCAGGUGCAGUCAACCGAAGCACAAAUAGUAAUAGAAUAUACGCCGCGCUCACUGCCAAAAUUUCGAAAUCUGUCAUAAAUACUUCGAGAGGAAUUAUACAGAAUAAUAUAGGUGGAAUAAACCGAAGGAAUUUACUUAGGGCAUAUGCGACGGAAGUUGAUUCGUCAAAGCGGCCUGUUAAUGAAGAUAACAAAGAAGAUGGUGGCGGUGAGGGGGGAACAAAUGCAAACAGUAAGAAAAAACACAAGGAAGAUAUAAAUGAAAUGCUUAAAGUACCAAGAGGAUUUGAGAAUUUUUUUAAUAAAAAUGCUAAAGCCAAAAAUGUGAAAGAUCAAAAUCAAAAAUCAAGUACAACCGAGAAUGCGCGCUCACAGAAUGAUCAAAAGUCGCAUAAGCAACAACAAAUCCCACCAUCUGCCCGAGAAUUCAAUUUACAACUUAAUACUAAUACAAUACUUCCUCUUUUGUUUUCGGCAUACGUUCUUUACAAAGUUACCGGUGGUAACGAUAAUUCACGGGAGAUAACAUGGCAGGAAUUCAGAACGGCAUUUUUGGAUAAAGGCCUUGUCGAUAAAUUGGUCGUGGUAAACCGAAAGAAGGUUCGAGUUUAUCUAAAUUCCAAUGCGACCGGGCAAAUGUACCCGAGUGCAUCAUCUUUACCGAGUACCAGUUAUUACUUUAGCAUUGGAUCAGUCGAAGCAUUCGAGCGGAAAAUAGAUGAGGCACAAAAAGAAUUGGGAAUUCCGCCGACUGAACGUAUCCCCGUGGCAUAUCACGAUGAGAUAAAUAUCAUGGGUACAUUAUUACAUUUUGCACCAACCCUUCUUUUGGCCGGUGUGUUGUUUUAUAUGACGAGACGCGCAGGUGGUGCGGCAGGUUCACAAGGGAUUUUUGGUAUCGGAAAGUCCAAAGCUAAAUUAUUUAAUCAAGAGACAGAGGUCAAGGUUAAGUUCAAGGACGUGGCGGGCAUGGAUGAAGCCAAAGAGGAAAUCAUGGAAUUCGUCAAAUUCUUAAAGGAUCCGUCAGCUUAUGAGAAAUUGGGGGCUAAGAUCCCGAAAGGUGCUAUCCUGAGCGGACCUCCUGGUACCGGUAAAACCUUACUUGCGAAAGCGACGGCAGGUGAAGCCGAGGUACCAUUCCUGAGCGUUUCUGGAUCAGAGUUUGUAGAGAUGUUUGUCGGUGUGGGUCCAUCCCGGGUCCGUGAUUUGUUCUCCAAUGCCAAGAAACAUGCACCAUGCAUUAUUUUUGUUGAUGAAAUUGAUGCGAUAGGAAAAUCACGCGGAAAGAUGGGACAAUUCGGAGGGAACGAUGAACGUGAAAGUACCCUAAACCAGUUACUAGUUGAAAUGGACGGAUUUGGUUCAAGUGAACAUGUGGUAGUUUUGGCCGGUACGAAUAGACCAGACGUGCUAGAUGCUGCGUUGAUGCGACCAGGACGGUUUGAUCGUCAUAUUGCUAUUGACCGACCUGAUAUAAAAGGUCGAAGCGAAAUUUUCAAGGUACAUUUGAGACCCAUAAAGACCAAAGAGGACAUUAACCGACUGGCAAACAAAUUAGCUUCAUUGACACCUGGCUUUUCUGGUGCCGACAUAGCUAAUGUUUGCAAUGAGGCUGCUCUGAUAGCUGCACGUUAUCUAAAGGAUUCAGUAUCUGGGGAACAUUUUGAGCAGGCGAUUGAACGAGUAAUCGCUGGUUUAGAGAAGAAAUCACGCGUUCUAUCACCUGAGGAAAAGAAAACAGUGGCAUAUCAUGAGGCCGGACACGCAGUAGCCGGUUGGUUCCUUGAGCACGCCGACCCAUUAUUAAAGGUUUCUAUAAUUCCUAGAGGAAUUGGCGCACUCGGGUAUGCUCAAUACCUACCAAAAGAUCAAUAUUUAUAUUCUACCGCGCAAUUAUUAGAUCGUAUGUGCAUGACAUUAGGCGGGCGAGUCUCAGAACAAAUAUUCUUUAAUAUUGUGACUACCGGAGCUCAAGAUGAUUUACAGAAAGUCACAAAAAUGGCUUAUGCACAGGUUUCUGUUUAUGGUAUGAAUCCAAGCGUAGGGCCCUUAUCAUUCCAUAAUCCAAAUGAGUCGGAACCCCAAUUUCAAAAGCCAUACUCCGAAGAGACGGCCAAAAUGAUUGAUGUUGAAGUUCGCAAACUGGUUGAAUUGGCAUAUGUACGGACCACGAAAUUGUUAACAGAAAAAAGGCAAGAAGUAGAAAAAGUAGCACAACUGCUGUUGUCCAAAGAGGUAUUAAAUAGGGAGGAUAUGAUAACGUUAUUGGGGAAAAGGCCUUUCAUAGAAAAGAAUCCUUAUGAUGAGUAUGUCAAUCCUAAGGAAACCAUCAUAUUACCACCAUCAGAAAAAGGUGAAGAACAAUCGCCCAGCACAUAA